AUGAUUACCUCCUCUUUCGUCAAAAGUCCAGUCUUCGUUGCCCUACAGUCUUUCUUUUUGUCGCCCGCGAUGGGUGGAGCAGAAGACCUUCCGCACGUUCUGCCGGCACUGAUUGGAACAGAAGGUUUCUCACUGAAAGCGGACGAAGUGAAAAAGUCUGCCGUGGCAUUGGGUGGAGCAGAAGACCUUCCACACGUUCUGCCAGCACUGGUUGGAACAGAAGGGUUCUCGCUGGGAGCAGAAGCAGAAAAUGUUUCGCCAGCGAUACCUCUAGCAGGCGGGGAAUCCCCGACAGCCUUAAAGCCACCAUACCAAGGUCUGCUGAAGACCAUCCCGCUGGCAGUGGAUGGAGCGGAAAACUCUCUGCCAGCCAUGUCUCUAGCAGAAGAUGUUUCGCCAGCGAUACCUUCAGUAGGCGGAGAGCCCCAGGCGGUCUUGGCGCCAUCAUACAAAGGUCUGCUGAAGACGACGAAAAAUGGGAGGACUUCCACUUUCUCGCUGGCGGCGGAUGGAGCGGAAAAUGCUUUGCCAGCCAUGGCUCAAGCAGAAGAUGGCUCGCCAGCGAUACCUCCAGCAGGCGGGGAGCCCCAGGCGGUCUUGGCGCCAUCAUACAAAGGUCUACUGAAGACGACGAAAAGUAGGAGGACUUCUACUUUCUCGCUGGCAGUGGAUGGAGCGAAAAACUCUUUGCCAUCCAUAGCUCAAGCAGAAGAGGUUCCGCCAGCGAUUGCUCCAGCAGGCCGGGAAUCCCAGGCGGUACCAUACAAAGGUCUGCUGAAGACGACGAAAAGUGGGAGGACUUUCACGAAGGAUACGUUUGAUGUUUUUGCAGCUCUUAUACUUUCCCUCAAACUGGGACCUCACAAGGGUUCUGGAUUUUUUACCCAUACCUAUCCACACUCUUUUACCACAGAUGAAGCAGUGGCCAGUUUGGCGUCGUUGAAAAUCUCGCGAGUUGUUAAGCGAGAACCAGCUUCUAUCGAUCCUACAAAAACUCAGACUACGAAGGAAUGCGUCACAUAUUCCAUGACGCCUGUCGUGGCAAAAGCUAUGUGCCAAUGUUUCAUGGACGUCUGUCUCAUCAAAAGCGCGGUCAACACAACGUCUUUUCUUUUCAAAGACGAAUGGAUCUACCAGCUAACGCCCAAAGGCCUCCACAUUCUCCACCGUUUCAUCAGCAGAAAUAAUGUCAACGCCGACCAUCUACGGGCACUAUUUAGGUCCCUACCCAUGUGCACUAGCCUGCUGCACCUGGAGCGGCAGGACGAGGAUGACCAGAUGGUGCUCUCCGAAGAUGUCAUUACGGACGUAUUCCGGUUAUUCGCAGGUGAUAAACCCAGACAUACCAACCCCGUGGCGGACAAGGACCUCGACCCCGCUCAGAGGCACAAUAAAAGAACGAAGGGUGUCCCCUUCUUCUGGGUGAAGAGCAAGGGUGUCGUUUAUGAUUUAUGUUUCACGGCUAUGGAUGCCCUGGCGUGGCUUUGCGAGUUUACGUCUGUUGCCGGCCGGGAAGAGGCAGCGUCGUUAGCAGCGUAUUUUGUUGGCUUUGGUUGGAUAACGCUCGUUGGCGAUUCUCGCAAAUCAAAUCAAUCUGCGAUAGUUUUUACUGUUGAAAAUCGUCUGCUUCCGAAGGUCGAAAGUCCUGCUGAGACUGAUCGAAAAGCCAGCCAGUUCCGGUGUGGCCCAAAAGUGUUGUAUAGGGUCACGGAUGAAGGACAUCGUGUUGCUGGUUGGAGUUCCCCUGCGCCUUCCGUGUUGCGAGAUGUGUCGAACGGCGAGUUUGUGGUUGAUCCCUCUUCGAUUGGCGUUUCUAGAGACAGCUGUGGGACAAUUGGGGAUGGUCCGGAUUCGUGGGUCAAGGUUGAAGCACGAGCAUCUUUAAUGCUAGGGCCAUAA